AUGGCGCCUUCUCCCACUAUUAGACGGCUAUUGAAAGAAACACAAGAGCUGUCCGCAGCCGCGAAGAACCCAAAUCCAACUUUCCAUGCUGCGCCACUAUCUGAAGACAACCUGCACGAGUGGCACUUCACACUCCUUGGACCACCAGCACCCUCACCGUAUGCUGGAGGCAUAUACCACGGCAGAAUCACGUUGCCUCCAGCGUACCCCAUGAAGCCUCCCAACUUUCGCUUUCUGACACCUAGCGGUCGAUUUGAAGUUAACAGAGAAAUCUGCCUGAGCAUAUCUGGAUUUCACGAAGAAACAUGGCAACCUGCUUGGGGAGUACGUCUAGCGCUGACCGCUUUGCGAGGGUUUAUGAGCGAGGACGGUACAGCAGGUCAGGUGGGUGGUCUUGAAAGCCCCAGAUCAGUACGAGAAAGAUUGGCCAAAGACAGCAAGAGUUGGAAAUGCACAGGUUGUGGCGGAGAAGAGGAGAAUGACAACCAGAAAGGAUGGACGAAUGAAGAGCGCAUGAAAUGGUGGUGGAAUGUAUGUCGCGAGAAAGGUGUCAACGUCGAGGCUGAAAUAGAGGGCCUCGAAGAUUUACCAGAAGGUAUGAACUUAGAAGCUCGCGAUGUCAAGCAAGACAAAGGCAAGCAGAAGGAGAUUCCAGUGGCGACAGCGGAUUUAGAGGACACCGCGCAAAACCCAGAACCACAAGCACUCACAUCUCAAGUGCUAGAUCCAAAUGGAAAGGAUAAUGUCCAGCAAAUAUCAGAAAGUGCUUCUUCAGUCGUGCCUCCUGCUGCACCUCAGAUCAGUUCUACACCACAAACUAAACCAGAAGUAUCUGCCCAUGGUAAUCAAAGAAUACAGAGCUCGUUUGGUUCUUCACCCACACAGUAUCAGGACGUUCAGCCUCAACAGACACGGCUGCAGCACAUCCCUCAAGCAGAUUCUCCUAUCAGUAUCGACCGAGCAAUUACAGUCAUAUUUCUAGCACUAUGUCUCGUAAUAUUGAAGAAGAUGUUUUAUCCUAGUAGUGCUGGACCGCUAUUUGGAGGAUAUGAUGAUUUACGCAUGGUCAGGGAGUGA